AUGGACUCUGAUACUGAAACACUGGCGGAUUUGAGAACAAAAAUACUGAACGAAAAGAUAAUUGUGAGCUCCACUGGAAGCUCCACUUCACGUGAUUUACAGGUAGCAGAUUUGAAUGACAUCAUAAAUACUCAUGGUUAUGAUUCUGACAAAGAUCCUGAAUAUGUACCACCUGAUAGUAGUGCGGACACCCAUGGUACGGAUGAAUUAGGUCAUGAACAUAUUACCUCUGAAUCUCCAAUUGAAAACGUCCCUAAAAAAAUUCUAACGCGGAAAAGAAAGAGGAAUUCGGAUUUAUGGAAAUGUAAUGUUCGAAAAGCUGCUCACGCUUCCGGAGAUGCAUACAUAUCCGUAAGAAAGAAGGUUGUACCAGCUAAAACAAUAAAAACUGUGAAAGACUGUCAAAGCAAAUGUGUGUAUAAUUGUCAAAAAUUUAUCACUGCGGAUGAAGGGAAUAUCUUUUUGAACGUUAGUAUACGCUAACACAACAGGAGAAAAAGUUAUAUUUCGUAAGUACAACCAAAAGUUUUGAUGUUGAGCGUCAUAGAAAAGGGAAAAACCAAACCAAUAGCAGAAGAAAGCGGACGUUCAAUUACUAUUUUAUUAUUGGAACUCGGCAGAUUCAAGUUUGUAAAAGUUUUUAUCUGAGCACUUUGGCCAUAAGCCAAACACCUGUUUACACAGUACAUGCAAAUAAAGAUGCCAUUACGAAUAUACCUUCUUGUUCUGCUCAAGGUAAGCAUACAAAACACAAAAUAUCUGAGGAUUAUCUUAAUGGCGUUAAAACGCAUAUUGACUCUUUUCCCCGAGUCGAAUCGCACUACUGCAGAGCUGAAACUCAACGACAAUUCUUAGAUCCUUUUUUGAAUAUAAAGAAAAUGUAUGAACUAUAUAGAGAUGUAUGUACCUCUUCAAACAAACAACCGGUGAAGGAGUCCUUUUAUAGAUCUGUGUUUUGUCAACACUACAACUUAUCUUUUCAUAUACCAAGGAAAGAUAGAUGUGAUUUUUGCGAGGAAGUUAAAAUGAAGAUCAAUGAAGGAACACUCACAGACCAGAGAAGGACGGACUACGAGAAGCACAUUGAAGAGAAAAAUGCAGCUCGAGCAGAAAAACAGAAAGAUAGAGACAAUGGAAAUAUAUUUUUAGUCUUUGAUAUGCAGAACGUAUUAUCAUGUCCUCGUGCUGAAGUGAGUAACUUUUACUAUAAAAGUAAACUCAAUGUCUACAACUUGACUGCAACUCUUUCGAGCACAAAGCAAGUAUAUUGCUCAUUGUGGAAUGAAGCCAUAAUGGGGAGAGGUGGCAAUGAUAUUGCUAGCGCUCUUAUCAAGAUUUUGGAAGCAGUGUUUUCAGAUAAUCCGCAGUUGAAAUCGUUAGUUUUGUGGAGCGAUAGCUGCGUGCCCCAAAAUAAAAAUUCACUUAUGUCACUUGCUAUUUCUACUUUUAUGCAGAGCCAUCCACACAUUGAAUUAAUUACAAUGAAAUUUUCAACCCCUGGACACUCAUGCAAUCAGGAAAUUGAUGCCGUACACAGCUGCAUAGAACGGGUUUUGAAAAAAUCGGAAUAUUACUCCCCGGUUUCCCUUUUACGUUUACUUUUGAAAGUAAAUUCCAAAAAGCCUUAUAAAAUUAUGCAACUCAAAGAAAAUGACUUUAAAGACUACAAAACAUGUGCAGCUUUGUACAAUUACAAAUUGGUGCCUUUCAGUCAAGUCACUACUCUUAAGUUCUCUCGAUCUCUUCUAGAGAUAGAGUACAAAGUAAGCCACUCUCACCAGGAAUGGAAGAAAGUGUGUAUUCGUGAAUAUCGAGGUACACGAUCCGAAUCUACAGGUGGAGAUAAUUUUAUGCGACCUCCAACUAACAUAUCUGUAUCAAAAACAAUUCCUCAGAAUAAAACAUUAGCGAUAAGAAGUAUGUUUAAAUACAUGCCAGCAGUAGACCAAGCCUAUUAUAACUCUAUAUUGCCCAAAUAG